UCCUGCAAAAGUAGGUUAAAUAAAGCCAAGGUUUCUUUUUUUUUUUUUUUUCCUUUUUGCCUGAACAGUGAGGGAUCAUUAUGAUCCAGUUUAGUUUAGCCAUUUGGUCAAAACAGACUGCUGCAACAAUGAAAUACAGGUUUCUAGCUCACGUUAGCUGGUCUUCUUUGAGCCUAGAAUGACCUCUGAUCCAAUUAGGAGAUCUGAGAUCAAAGGAGUUGGGGCAAAAAUGGAUGACCGAGUUGAAUCAGACAUGGAAGAGGUAAAUCAAAAGGAGAGCACAAUGGAUUGGAGGAAUCUAUUUGCAGCCUCAGUGGAUCAAGCGUUAGAGUACUUUCCCCCUCAACAGACAGAUGGCAGAAUAACUGUAAAACCUCCUGAUGUCUUCGAGGAAGGUAUCCAUCAAUGGCAAAGCUUGCUGGUAGCUCAGUUCAUUGGGAGGAUGCCAAAUUUCAAUUUAUUUCAAAAGAUGGUUAAUGUUUUAUAGGGGAAAAGCGGUUUAAUUGAGAUCAAGCCUGCUGGAAUGAAUCUGUUUGUCAUUCAAUUCCCAAAUGAGGAAGUUAGGGAUUGGGUGAUAGAACAUGGACCAUGGCAUAUCCAGAACAAACCAUUGAUUGUUCGGAAAUGGGAGCCAGGAAUGCGAUCAUUAGAGUUUAAUAUGGAAAUGCUGCUAGUAUGGGUGCAAUUGGGCAAUAUACCACUUGAGCUCUAUACGAAAAGGGACUUAGCUAUAUAGCUAGCGCCCUAGGUAAUCCAUUAUAUAUGGAUUCAAUCACUGCAAAUAAGCAGAGACUGGCAUAUGCAAAGAUUUGUAUUGAGAAGAAGGCAAGUAUGGAAGUGCCAAAGUUCAUUGAUGUGGAAAGGAGGGAUGGAUCAAUUAUGUCUGUUUCAGUAGAAAUUCCAUGGAUGCCCCAGAAAUGCAAGCACUGUUGUAUAUUUGGGCACAAUGAUAAAACUCGUACAAAGACAAUAAAGAUAGAAGCAAUGGUCUGGGUGCCUAAAUAUAAGGGUAAUAUGGCUAUGCAGGAGGCAAAGAUGACUGAAGUGGAUGAGUUACAACCAGAUAGUGCCAUAAGGAAAAAUGAGGUUCUGAUUGCACUCCCAACUGCUAGAGCAGGCUCUGUUAAUAGAUUCUCGAUCUUAGAAGCUCUGCAGGAAUCAGAAUUGGUAGUGGACGAAGGCAGUGUACAUCAGAGUUCUAAAAAUGAGGCUGAAGAGAUAAUUCCAUUCUCACCAAGGAAACAGAGAGCAGUAGCUGCAGGUGUUGCUGAUUUAAUGAAGGCCCUUAAAAACAAGAAGAAAGGUCCAGUUGAUAAGGGGAAGAAGGUUAAGGCAGAAGCCACUGCCUCUGGAUGUAAGCCUAGUUGUUCUUCAACAUGAAACUGAUAGUAUGGAUUACUAGAGGACUUAAUGAUCCUUCGAAGACAAAAGAGUGUUGUAGAUAGAAUAAAUAGAAUGAGGGCAGAUAUUGUGUGUUUAUUAGAAACUAGAAUAAAGCAUCAUAAAAUGCAGCCUGUGCUGGAAAAGCAUUUUCGUGGUUGGGUUAUUCUUCACAAUUAUGCAGCAUCUCCAAACAGAAAGAUGUGGAUAUUCUGGACAGAUCAUGUACAAGUAGAUCUACUAGAGUUUUCUGAGCAAAGUAUUACUUGUGUGUUACAAUAUGAAAUCAGGAAAGUUUAUUUUUCUGCCAUUUAUGGGAGUAAUGAUGGUGUUCAAAGAAAGGACUUGUGGUUGAACUUAUCUCAUAUCGGUGGUAUAGUGCAAGACAACCAUUUUGGCUGGGGAUUUUAACGUCAUAGUCCAUCCCUCUGAAAGCUCAGAUUAUAAUGGAGUUCGAUCAGUAAACUCAGAGAUGAAAGAUUUUCAGAAUUGCUUAACUCAACUAGGCUUGUAUGAUCAUGCUUAUGUUGGACCUCAAUAUACUUGGUCUAACCAUCAGUUAGGAAGUUACUUAGCAAGGAAGUUGGAUAGAUUUACUUGGACCUCAAUUUACUUGGUCUAACCAUCAGUUAGGAAGUUACUUAGCAAGGAAGUUUUGAUCAAUGACUCUUGGCUUUCAACUCUCCCACAGUCGCAUGUUGAGUUCUUAGCCCCAGAAGUCUCUGAUCACAAUGCUACACUUGUCAAACUCAGCAUGACAAUUCAAUUCCCUCCAAAGCCUUUUAAGUUUUUUAACUAUCGGACAGGGAAUCCGAAGUGCAAGUUAAUUGUGGAAAGAUCAUGGGAAAACCCUAUCAAAGGUAGCCCAAUGCUAAUAUUGCAUAAGAAGUUAAAGAGGUUGAAACUGGAGCUCAGGAAGUUCAAUCUUCAAAGCUAUGGAAAUCUGUCUGGUAGAGUGCAGGCAAAGAGGAAAGAGCUGGAAGUAAUGCAGAAAGCCAUUCUAACUCAAAACCCACCAAAAGAACUGGUUAUGACUGAGAGAAGUCUAUAUGAAGAACUCAAGGACCUGAUGAAGGCUGAAGAGAGUUAUUAUAGGCAGAAAUCAAGAAUAAGAUGGCUGUAAGAUGGUCAUCAAAAUACAAAAAUUUUCCACAGACUGGUAGCAGCAAAGCAUAAAAAGAAUACCAUACGAGUCUUAAUGGAUCCAGAAGGGAAGAGAUUGGAUACAUUUGACCAGAUUUCGCAGGAAGCAAUCUCCUCCUUUCAGAAGUUAAUUGGAACUAAGGAUCAAAAUGUUACAGGAUGCACACAUGAGUUUUUGGCAGAGCUCUUUCAAGAGACCUUAUCUACAAAGGCUCAAGAUUUUCUCAUACAACCAGUAACUAAAAAGGAAAUUUAGAAGACAAUGUUUUCAUUGAAUGGAGAGAAAUCCCCAGGCCCUGAUGGUUUUACGGCACAUUUCUUCAAACAAACUUGGAGCAUUGUGGGAGAUGAGGUUACUAAGGCUAUAGAGCAUUUUUUUUUUUCAAACUGGGAAUAUGCUACCUGCUUUCAACUCUACAAUAGUAGCAUUAGUUCCUAAAUGCAACAAUCCUAAUAGUACAAGGGAUUACAAACCGAUUUCUUGCUGCACCACAAUCUACAAAUGUAUCACUAGGAUUCUGGCUAAUUGGUUAAAGAAAAAUCUGCUUGGGAUGAUAAGUAGUAAUCAAAGUGCAUUUAUAGAAAAUAGAUCACGGAUAAUGUAUUGCUAGCUCAAGAAAUGGUUCGAGGAUAUGGCAGAUCCACUUUAUCUCCAAGAUGUGCAAUCAAGAUUGAUCUUCAGAAGGCUUUUGAUUCAGUGGACCGGACCUUCAUACUCUCAGUCUUGCACGCAAUGAAGCUACCAAAUCAGUUUAUAGGAUGGAUAAGAAGUUGCAUUACUACUUUUUUCUUUUCUUUAUCGCUUAAUGGUGGACUAGUAGGCUAUUUUAAAGGAGUAAGGGGAGUGCGGGAGGGAGAUCCACUUUCCCCUUACUUGUUUGAUCUAGCUAUUAAUGUUCUUUCCAGAAUAUUGGAUGCUGCUGCCGAAGCUGGUGUCUUUGAUUAUCAUCCUAAAUGCAAAAGAAUUAAAUUAACUCACCUUUGCUUUGCUGAUGACUUGUUGAUUUUCGCAAAGGGAACAUUGGACUCAAUGGCAGGGAUAAAGGUGGUGUUAGAGGCAUUUUAUACUAUGUCUGGUCUACAGUUGAACUGUGAGAAAAGUGAGCUUUAUCAGGCAGGGUUAGCAGGGAAGAACUUGCCAGAAUCCAGCAAGCUUCUGGGUUUAAGAUUGGUACGUUACCAGUUAGGUACCUUGGGGUCCCAUUGGUAACUAGAAGGCUCACAGAGAAAGACUGUGCACCCUUAGUUGACAAGAUAAUAGCAAGGAUUAAUAGUUGGGCUACAAGACACUUAUUAUACGCUGGCAGGUUACAACUAGUGCAGUCAGUGCUUUUUAGUGUGCAUAACUAUUGGUGUAGGCAUUUCAUUCUCCCAAAACAUGUGCUGAAGAGGAAAGGAAAAGAAGGAUCAGCAAAAGGAGCUCGAGUAAACUGGCAGGCAAUAUGCUAUCCCAAGAGGGGGGCUCAAUGUUAAAGAUAUCUUGACCUGAAAUCUAGCUUGUGUCUUGCAGAACAUCUGGUCGAUAAUUGCAAAAGCUGGUUCUUCGUGGAUUGCUUGGAUUGAAGCUUAAUAAUUGAAAGGGAGCAACAUAUGGCAAGUAGCAGCCAAGCAAACUAGUAGUUGGAAUUGGAGGAAAUUGCUUCAAAUAAGGCAGAUUGUGCAAAGCUUCAUCAAAAGGGAAAAUGGAGUGGAGGUAUGGCCAUUUCCAAAAGGACGUUAUGACACUACCAUGGUAUGGAAAAAGAUCAGACCACAAUAACGGAAAGUGAGGUGGCAGAAACUAAUAUGGU